AUGCAAUCAAUGAUUUCAGGUCUGCCUGGACGACCAGGUAAUCCUGGUCGAGAUGGACCGCCAGGUUUGCCAGGACUGGAUGGCCUUCCAGGAUACCCAGGUGAAAAAGGACUGAUGGGCAUUGAUGGCAAAAGAGGACGGGAUGGACUGAUGGGCAUUCCUGGCGCACAAGGCCCUCCUGGAGACAGCACUCCUGGUCUGCCGGGUAUUCCUGGAGCGAAAGGUGAAGGUGGUGAAGUUGGUCUUCCUGGACCUCCUGGUCCAAUGGGACCACCAGGUCAGCCGGCCCCACAGGAGUUUUAUCAAGGGCGCCCUGGAGCCGACGGUGAGCCUGGUCUACCUGGACUGCCCGGAGAAAGAGGAGCCGAUGGACUGCCUGGUUUACCAGGACAGCCAGGUCCUCAAGGAUAUCCGGGACUGCCAGGAGAACGGGGAGCGGACGGUCUUCCAGGUUUCCCAGGCCUUCAAGGUGAGCCGGGAAUGAGAGGUAUCCAAGGAGAUGCUGGUUUGCCCGGUAUUGACGGUGACUGUGGUGAACCUGGUGCUGAUGGGCUUCCUGGAAUCCCAGGAUUAGACGGCGAAAAGGGAGAGCCAGGUUAUGGAUACCAAGGGCAGGCUGGUUAUCCAGGACCAAAAGGAGAGCAAGGCGAUAUUGGUCUACCUGGUCAGCCAGGACGACCGGGACUCCCAGGACUUCCAGGACCUCCGGGCUACCCAGGAGAGCCAGGCACGCCUGGACUGGAUGGAUUACCUGGACUACCUGGUCCCCCUGGUGAGAAGGGUUUGCCAGGUCUCGACGGCAAACGCGGGCGAGCAGGCCCUCAAGGGCCACCCGGUCUACCUGGACUUCCUGGACUGAAAGGCGAACGAGGAAAUCCCGGAAUGCCCGGGGCACCAGGAAGACGAGGCAGCCCUGGUGAUAUGGGUCCACCAGGAUAUCCAGGGCUACCAGGACCAAGGGGACCUGACGGUCUGCCAGGCGAAGACGGACUUAUUGGAUUCCCUGGGCUAAAGGGAAUGGCAGGGGACGACGGCGUACCAGGAGAAGAGGGAGAAUGUGGAGAAGACGGAGACAGAGGUUUUGACGGACUUCCUGGACUACCUGGAAUGCCUGGAGAAGACGGAUUCCCUGGACGACCAGGAUUGGAUGGCCUGCCCGGUCUGAAAGGAGAGAUGGGUGAACCGGGACUGCCCGGUGCUAAGGGACUUCCUGGAGAGCCUGGAUCUCUUGCUCACCCAGGGUUACCAGGAGAUGUUGGAUAUCCAGGACCCGAAGGACCUCCUGGACUCCCCGGCCCCGAUGGACCACCCGGUCCCAAGGGUGAGAUGGGCGAGCCUGGCGACAGUUAUCCAGGUUUGCCAGGUCCUCCAGGUGAGCAGGGAGAGCCAGGCUACGAUGGAGCGGAUGGACCUCCCGGACAGCCUGGUCUUCCUGGCCUGACUGGAAUACCUGGGUUAAAGGGUGAAGUUGGAGAACCGGGAUAUCCUGGAGCUCCCGGCCUAGACGGAAUUCCUGGACUACCUGGUGCAGAGGGCGACUGCGGUGACGACGGACUCCCUGGAGCACCUGGUCUUCCUGGACCUCCCGGUCCUCCAGGACCUGAAGGAGAGAAGGGCUAUCCUGGUCUCCCUGGAGAAAGUGGUCUGCCUGGAUUACCCGGAGCCCCUGGAAUGCCUGGACUGAAGGGUGAAAGAGGAGAAAUGGGACUUCCAGGCUACCCUGGCGAACCAGGAGAAAUGGGCCCUCCCGGUGACUUAGGCAUCCCCGGAGCGCCUGGACCUGACGGAGACGCUGGUUUUCCCGGACGUGAAGGACUACCAGGCCUGAAAGGUGAAAGAGGAGAACAGGGUCCACCAGGAUACCCAGGAAAAGAUGGUAUCCCUGGCCUAAGAGGACCACCGGGAGAAGACGGUCCACCUGGACCACCUGGACCUGAUGCCUACGGAAAACCAGGACCACCUGGAGAGCCGGGUCUGCCAGGUAAAGACGGUUUACCUGGUGCUCCAGGACUACCGGGAGAACGAGGAAGUGAUGGAUACCCUGGUGUCCCUGGACCUCCCGGUCCACGUGGAGAACCCGGACUACCUGGACUCCCAGGAGAACAAGGUCUGCCAGGACUCGACGGCAAGCGCGGUGAGUCUAGUCGAUGUCAUACGAUAAAUUCUUCGUGUAGUCCUGCAUUUGAAUAG